GGACUGCCGGAUUGAGAGAGAGAGAGAGAGAGAGAGUGAGCGAGUGUGGUAUAGAUCAGAUGACUGCCAAGAUGACGAGGGCUAGUGCUGGUUCGACGGAGCAGCUGGAAGGUGGGGGGCGUUCUCCGGCCACCUCCUCCCGGCAGGCAGCUCGGGCCUUCCGAGGCGUGAGGCGCAGGAGCUGGGGCACGUACGUGUCCGAGAUCCGGGAGCCCAGGAAAAACAACCGGAUCUGGCUGGGGUCGUUCGGCACGCCGGAGAUGGCCGCCCGAGCCUACGACGCCGCCGCCUUCCAUCUCAAGGGCCGCUCCGCGGUCCUCAACUUCCCGGACAUGGUCGCCUCCCUCCCCCGCCCCGCCUCCUCCUCCCGCCGCGACAUCCAACUGGCCGCCGCCAAGGCCGCUGCCGUCUUCCCGCUAGACCGGGCCCAGUCCCCCAAUGACAUGACCUGCCCCGUCGACGUCAAUGGUGCACUAGAGGAGGAGGGUCGCCCCUCUACCUGCAGCAGCUCGGGGGGAAGUCCACCGCCAUGGGAGUCGGACACAGAGCUGGAAGCCCUCUUCAGAGAGAUUGAGAACAGCCCUCUGUCGAUCAGUCCCAUGAGCUUGGUGGAGGAUCAGGACGACCUUGUCAGAUUAGAAGAUUUGCAGUGGUAUGACUACUGGGUUAUGUGAGCAACCCUAAGAAUUAAUAGACGUUUCUUCCUUAUUCGUGAGGGAUCGAUUGUAGCUAAGCUAGCUAGCCGUCGAAGCGACUGGGCGUGGUCAAUCCUUCAAACAUAAUGCAUGUAGGGAGGUACUCUGAAUGCCGCGUUAAUUUUAUGAGACGUACGUAUAUAUUAUAUAGUAUGUGAUAAUAUGUGUAACUUUUUUUUUUUUUGUUGCUUGUGAUGCAUGACGAGAGGCAAGCCAUUUUAAUGUAUAUUCGAUUCCCUAUAUGAUAUAGACUCCUAAUUGUACCUCAAGUUUAUCACAUCAAUGGAAUUCUUUUUUAUUUUGCCUUUUUGCUA